AUGCCGAAACGUCCCAACUACCAGGUAAUAGACGGAGUUGCGAGAUGCCCCGGUAUCACUCUAGACAAGCUAAGAGAGACCCUCGACUUCAGGGCGAAAGAGGGAGACCUCGUGCAAUCGACGUUCCCGAAGAGUGGAACGAAUUGGCUGAUGUACAUCACGCACUUAAUCCUCAGAGAGGGAGAACCGAUGACAAAGUACCAAGACUUCUCGACAGAGUGGCGCUUCAUCGAGUACAUGAACAUCAAGGACUUCACCUCGUCUCUGCCUUUGAGGACAUUCGUCACGCACUUUGCGUUGGACAGGCGUACGAUGACGGGAGAAGGAAAGUACGUCUACAUGGCCCGAAAUCCGUGGGACGUUUGCGUAUCUUUCUACCACAUGGCGAGGACGCUGUACAUGUACCGAUUCCGAGACGGCAAGUUCGAGGAUUUCGUCGACACCUUCGUAAGCGGCAACUUCGGCUACGGCGACUACUUCGAACACGUAGCAGCGGGCUACGCCCUCAGGGAAGAACCGAACGUAUUCUUCGUGACCUACGAGGAACUCAAGAAAAACACCCGCGACGUGGCUCUGAGGCUGGCGUAUUUCCUGGGAGAGAAGUACGGCCGUGGUCUGGAGGAGGACGAAGCGUUACUCCAGAAACUACUGGAGAGAUCGCAGGCCGAAAACAUGCGCAAAGUGGUGGUCCUCGACUUGACUGGUAAGGACAACCCGCAGUGGAACGACAUGCUCUCGCGCAGGAGGGUACCCAGCGGCGAAGCUCGAGAUCCGGAAAGGAACAAGUACGCGUUCGUGAGAAGCGGUAAAGUCGGAAGCUGGAGGGACUACUUCACGCCCGAACUGCUGAGGAAGAUGGAGAAUCGUAUUCGGGAAGUGGAGAAGGAGUCUUCUGUCAUGGACCUCUGGAAGGACGUCCGAGCCGAAGCUAUUAAGCUCGUGCAGGAUGCCGAAUAA